CGCAAACGCCGGACCGAUGCCAAGACAAUGGGGUCAUCACUGGACCCUUAUAUAUGGCCUGGACUUAGUCUCAUCAGUCAGUGUACAACCGAUAUUCACAAUACAAACAAUCAAUAUGUUCAAGCUUCUGAUCCUCGCUGCCCUGAUGGCGUUUGCCGCCGCUAAGCCCCUCGUCUACACGUACUCGGCUCCCGUGGCUGCCUACAGCGCCCCCUACGCAGCCUACACAGCCCCCGUCGCCUACAGCGCCUACUCCGCCUACUCCCCCGUCGCCUAUUCCGCUUAUUCUUACGCCGCGCCUUACUCUUACUAUAUUUAGAUGCCUCAACGCGUAUAUCAUAAUGAAGUUUAUUUAUAAUUAACGAUACUGGACCAAAUGUAGUACUUAGCUAAGAAAGUGAAUUACACUCUAUAAACCCAA